AUGGUGAAAAUUUAUUUUGGUGGUACCGCCUCGUCCUGUGCUUUGAUAAAGAAAAAGCUGAGAAAAGUUGAAAAUGCGAUGGUUCAUUCUGUAGAGUGUCCACAAGGUGAGAAUAUCACUCUCUCUGAUGAUGUAACAGAAUCCGGUAUUGUUGUAGAAUUUUUUAACUUUAGCUGCUCAGUUGGCUUUGUUGAAACUGGUACUCUGGGGUGUGAGGAAAAUGGUACUUGGACAGAACAGAAAGCUUGUCAAGUGGAACUUAAUGUAGUAGUGAAUGGAUAUAAACUGGGUGAUUUUUUUGCAAACAAUUGUUCAGAAGAAUGUGCUAUAAGACCCGAGUGUGGCUUUACUCCAUCUUCCUCUGGUAUAUGUCAAUUAUAUAGAAAACAUCUACAUCGAUUCAAUCAGUCCACUUCUUUCCCAAUGCAUCCAAAAAUGUAA